GCCUUGGUGUCUAUAUAUCACGCAUCGAGGAAAAUUCCGUUGCCGAGCGUGCCGGUUUGCGUCCCGGUGAUACUAUCCUAGAAGUGAAUGGUACUCCAUUCACUUCAAUUAAUCACGAGGAAGCGCUAAAAAGAUGUGUGCAGAUAUUGAAAUCACAACGUCAAAUCAGUAUGACGGUACGAUCACCACCCACGCUAAACUCAACGGCGCCGCUGCAUGGCUUUGGCCCACCCUCCCGUGAUCCGAUGUACGCUUCAAUGGCUCCCCUGCUCACACAACCGACAGCACUGCCACCGGGUGCCGCCAUAGGAGCAACUGGUUCGUUGCCAUAUCGACAGACAUGUUCCUGGAUGGAUAGACACGGGAGACCUGCCUCACCGCCCAUGGAAUAUGGCGGACGACGAAGUGAUCGAAGGGAUAGAAUACGUUGUGUUGAGUUAUUAAUAGAACCCGGCCAGUCAUUGGGCCUGAUGAUACGAGGCGGUGUCGAAUAUGGCCUGGGUAUAUUCGUGACGGGUGUCGACAAGGACAGUGUGGCAGAUCGUGCCGGCCUUAUGGUGGGCGAUGAAAUAUUAGAAGUCAACGGUCAAUCCUUUCAAGAUGUUACCCAUGAUGAGGCUGUUAGCCAGCUGAAAUACCACAAGCGUAUGUCAUUGGUCAUACGUGAUGUGGGUAAAGUGCCACAUUCCUGUACCUCCAUUGAAAUGGAGCCAUAUGAUGCGUAUAGUCCCACGGGGACAAGAGCCCGUCGAAAAGGUCAAAUCACCGCCAUGGUAGAAGAGAAGGCCCGUUCUCUACUGCCGCGACACCAUUUUGCAAGUCUUUCGUAUUAUAUCGCCGAAUAUACUGCGAGAGCAAUGACCAUAGAUGCCUUUGUAGCCGUCUUAUUAGAAAUGUUAGAUACAUAUGAAAAGCAUACACUAGUGACGGAAAUCCGUGAACUUAUAUUUCCUGAGGAUCGCACACGAUAUGAUGAGCUAGUCUAUCGUAGAGAGCGCGAUCCAUACAGUGGCGAACGAUUAAGGCGUAAAGGAGAAAGUGCGCGUGAUUUGCCGGUAACCGAUAUUGAUCUGGAAGUAAGUGCAGCAACUGGAAGAAGUCCCUCAUCGGACUCUGGGCUGGGCAUGACCAUGACGGAAAAUAAAAAUCGAAUAAUGCAACGUCUGCCCUAUCGACCCAUGUCAGCUGAACCGAUCUUACAUCGCUCAUACAAUCAUCCAACACCAUUACCACCACUGCCACCCAAUUCAGGGCAGGCG